AUGUCUCGGAAUGCCUCGCUGGUGCCAUUGGAAGCUUCAAGCGCAAGGCUCGACUUUCAACUGGGUGGUGUUGAUGAGAAUGGUUGGUACUCCAAGAACGGGGCUCUCGCGAGGAGAUCACAGGAAAGCGACUCCGAAAGACAGCUGUUCAGCAAGGCAUCUUCGAUUCAACAAGCUUUCGUGGAUCAUGUCGAAGCUGGCCGCCUGGAGCGCGUGGAGGACAUGCUGGAGUUUCGCUCUGACGAGUUCGAUCUGAACUUCCAGGACCCUGUGCACGGCAGGACUCCUCUUAUGCUAGCUGCCUUGGCUGGAAGUCUUGAGCUUGUGGAGGUCCUGCUAGAGGCCCGUGCCGAUCCGCAUAUUCGAGAAAGAACAGAGAUGCGGUACACUCCGCUGGAGGCAGCGCAGGUCAUCAUGGAGGAUGAGGACGGUGACUUCGAGGAGAUUGUGCAGGCGCUUGCCAAGGCCUCUGGAUAUGAUCGUCCACCGCCCAGGCGAAGCGACCCGGGCUACGAUUUCCGAUGA